CGCGGCUCCUCCCUCCCGGCGGAGGCUGACGUGGCGGCGCGCGCGGAGCUCGGCGGCGCGGGGCCUGGCGGGGCUGCCCGGGAGGCCGGGCCGCGGGCCGCAGCGGCCAUGAACGGCGACCGGAGCGAGAGCGACUGGCACGGGCUGGUGAGCGAGUACCUGGUAUGCAAGAGGAAACUGGAGAGUAAAAAGGAGGCCCUGCUGAUCCUGUCCAAGGAGCUGGACACGUGCCAACAGGAAAGGGACCAGUACAAGCUCAUGGCCAAUCAGCUGCGAGAGCGUCACCAGUCCCUGAAGAAGAAGUACCGAGAGCUGAUUGAUGGAGAUCCAUCACUUCCACCUGAAAAGAGGAAACAGGCUAAUCUUGCACAACUACUGAGAGAUUCUCAGGACCAGAAUAAGCGUCUGGGAGAAGAAAUUAAAGAGCUCCAGCAAAGACUUGGAGAAGUACAGGGUGACAAUAAGCUCUUGAGGAUGACAAUCGCCAAACAGAGGCUCGGAGACGAAGAUAUUGGAGUGCGGCACUUCGCGGCGCAUGAACGUGAAGACCUGGUUCAGCAGCUGGAGCGCGCCAAGGAGCAGAUCGAGACUCUGGAGCACGACCUGCAGUCCUCAGUGGACGAGCUGCAGGACGUGAAAGAGGAGCGAUCUUCCUACCAGGACAAAGUGGAGAGGCUCAACCAGGAGCUCAACCACAUCCUGGGCGGGCACGAGAAUCGGAUCAUCGACGUGGACGCGCUGUGCAUGGAGAACAGGUACCUUCAAGAGCGAUUAAAGCAACUUCACGAGGAGGUCAACCUCUUGAAAUCGAACAUCGCCAAAUACAAGAAUGCUCUUGAGAGACGGAAAAACUCCAAAGGCCAGAGUAAAUCCAACAGCAGCGCUUUGACAGGAGUCCUGUCAGCCAAGCAAGUUCAAGAUCUGUUAUCGGAGGGUCAUGGAUGCAGCCUCCCGGCGACACCACAGUCCAUCUCAGACCUGAAGUCUCUGGCAACCGCCCUUCUGGAGACAAUCCACGAGAAAAACAUGGUGAUCCAGCAUCAGCGGCAGACCAACAAAAUUCUAGGGAAUCGGGUGGCUGAAUUGGAGAAAAAAUUAAGAACUCUGGAAGUUUCUGGUUUGUGGAGUCUUCCAGGCCUGAGCUACAAUGUGUCCGUAGGAUUUGGGAGGGGGAAGGACACCAUCCUGUUCAGCGACUCCACUCUUCCCGCACUACAGAGAUCCAGGUCCCCACUCCUGAAGUUUGUUGAGCUGCCCACUGAGAAGAAAGCAAAUCCCACGGACGGGGAGCUUCUGAGCCAAGAAGGAGAUGAAAACCGACCUGUCUCAGAGGCGUUGGCGGUGUUGGAGGACACUGGGAGGGCCGCUGGCCUCUCCUCAGGAAACCAGAAGCGCGGGACCCCAGGCCAGCCUGCUCACCCACCCUUGCCCCAGCUGCCUUCCGAGGUAGAAGCAGCCAACAUGUCGGCAAGGGAAGUCGUGCAACUGGCCGAGGACCAGACAGAGGCAGACCCAGAAGAUGUCAGGAGUGAGAGCCCACUGGAAGGUGCAGGGAAGGCAGUGGGGUUGCCAGCCCAGGGCCUGGCAUCCAAGGCGGAGCUCCCUGAGUCAGGGUAAGACCCCUUGGAGUUCAGUCAACCGCCAGUGGGCUGUACCCUCAGCCCGUGGGAGGAGACCCUGGAAGAUGGAGGGGUUGGGGCGGGAGAAGCGAGAUCAGGCCCGAUGACAUGACCAGCGGCUCCCAUAACUGGAGACUUUAGCUCAGAACAGCUCACCAACAUCGCCUUCUGCUCCCACACCGCCACCGUUGCCAACUGUGACUGGCGCGACGAAGGCAGCAGCGUUGGGGUGAGGAGACACAGGUCCCAGGGCUUCUCCGGGCCUUUCUGGCAAAGACGCGGCUGUGAACGGGACCCACAUGGAAUCUGGCGCCAGAUGGCCGAGUUUCGGCCUACGCCCCCUACCCUGUCAGCAUUUGUUUUAUUCUAGAUCAGAUGUUUUCCUAUGGGCGUGGAAUGUUUGUCGAGGGAAAUUACGGGCCGAGCUUGAAUUGGAUGGGGUUUUCAGUCUGGGGUCCCGGCUUUGUCAUGCUUUAUCGUCGACCCCUGCCCACUGCACCCCUUCAUUAUGUCAGAGCCCCCGGGACUGCCCGUGGGCGGCGUCCCAUCCUGCUGCCCUGUCGCGCUGGCAGGCAGAGAGAGGCUGGGGCCAGCUUCUAACCCGGGGUUUCAGGCCCAACCUCCACAGCCCCCUGUAGAGCCAGGACUCCAAGAGUCUUGCGGCCCGUCCUUCUGGAGGAUGAACGGAUCUCAUGAUCCCAGACGCGGGUGGAGGGGAGUGACGUCCGAUUAUUUUGUUUGUUUCUGAGAUGAGAGUUUGGUCUUGGGGGGGCACCACUUGGUUUCCCCCCGAGCUGCUCAGAGCAUCGCAAGGUGACACCUUGGGGUUGCUUGUGGCUGACUCAGUUUCCCACGACCUUCUGAAACCCCAUCCCAACCUUCGCGCCCAAACUCUGGCUCUGUACUUCCGGCUAAUGGGGUUUCAGAAUCCAAACUCAGAGCUUGGCGGCCUGGGGUGCAGAGAGGAGAGCCGAGGGGGGCAGUACAUCUGGGUCCCGGGAGAGGGGCAGCCAGCCUGGCCUUGGGGCAAGAUGAGCUUUUCUAGGUGGCAUCUGGUGGCCAUCCAGCCAUAGAGUUGUCUUUGAGCUGUACCCCAAAAGCACGAGCCCCCCAAAUUCCCAGACCACUCCUGGGGUCCAGGCCGCUGCCUGGACAUCUGGAGAUGUCUACAGGAAGUAAAGAGCCAUGCUGGGGGUGGGCGGAUCAGAAACUCCAUCCUGCCAGCACACAUUUCUCCCAGCCCUGGGUGCCCUGCACAGCUGUGUGAACAACCCGACACCUCUCCACCGGGUUCUCCUCGAACCCGGGCCACCGGCCCGAUAGAGCUCCGGCAGGCCUUCUGCUGUCUUGCUUUGGAGGAAGGCCACCUGCGCCCCAGGAAUUCCUUUGCCAGAUGCACACCCUCGUGCACCCCCAGCUGCUUCCUCUCCCUUGCCAGAGGCCACCCCCGUUAUGAAUGGGGGUCCCCACCGGGUCAGAACACACCGAGGCUGGCUAUGAAAUGCUUGUGCGCUUCCUCCAUCCCUGCCCACCAGACUCCAGUACCCUGCCCAGCUCUCAGUCAUUCCAGCCUCUCCCUCCCCCAGCACUCGCACCCCCCUCCCCCCACUUCCACAGCUGCAGGCCUUCGCUGGCCACCAGCCCCAGAAAUAAAUUUCCUGCUGCACGUGAGAACUUAACUGUCUGCAAAUGUUCAGCCCCAUUGCAUAGGCCGCCACCACAGGAAAACACAGCCAGAUUUAAUACAAUCAUAAUAAAAAGAAAAAUCUCUCCCUGCAGAAGCUCUGGGUUUGACACACAGUCGACCAGGUGCACAUCUUUAGGGCCCAUUCAUCACUUUGGGCUUCGGCUAAACUGCAGCACAUUCCAUCACGGGCAGCAGGAAGGUGGCUGAGAGCCCCAGGGAGUCUGGCCCGGGGCUCAGGGGUGGGGGGUCCUAGGGAGCUGUCACCCAAAUUCCGUGUGCAGUCAGCUAAAGGAGAGGGUGCUGGGAGGCUUGUGGUAUUAGAUGGAAUCAGUGCAAUGACCUGUGUGGACUCGACACUGGCCCCCAGCCUGUGUGGGACACUGACUCAGUCCAGUGACCCAGCCUGGUAUUGUCACGCAGACAUUAAAGAGAAUUUGAACAAGGACUUGUGAUUGUCUUUUGUCAGUUUCAGCAUCACUGCGAACGCAUGCAGCAUCCUUGAGCCUCCUCCACCAGGUAGCCCUGCACCAGUGACUCUCCUCUCUGCUCUCAUUCAGACUUCCAGACACUUAAACAUAGGGAAAACAAUGGUGCCGCAUCAAAAGAACUUCAGAAAUUUGACAAUUCCAGGGUUGGUUCAUUCAAGAAAAUUAGCAGGGAUGAGCUCUGUUUCUGGGCUUCUUUUGACUGGUUGUAGCUUCUCUAUAGUCAGCUGUACUCAUCAGCUAUACUCAUGCUGAUAAAAUGGCUGCAGCAGCUCCAGGCAUCACCUGUCCUCACAUUGUGUCCAAAAGCAGAGGAAGUUUCUCUCACUGUGGGAUGUGUGUGUGUGUUUCAAGAGCAGGACACACAGUUCUUUUUAUUAUUAUUAUUUUGUUUUUUAAUAAGUGAGUCACUGUGAGGGUACAGUUACAAAUUUACCCAUCUUCGUGCUUGUAUUUCCCUCAUACAAUGUUCGAGAACCCAUCCCUCCACCAGUGUCCAUUCUCUACCACCAAUGAACCCAGUAUCCCUCCCACACUCCAAUCACAUCCCCUCCACCCCACCCCGCCUCUGUGGCAGGGUAUUCCAUUUUGUUCUCUCUCCUUUUGGGUGUUGUGGUUUGUGAUAGGGGUAUUGAGUGGCCAUCGUGUUCAGUCUCUAGUUUCAGCAUGCAUCUCUCUUCUCGCGCAGGAUCCCCAACCACAUUUUACUUGCUGUUCCCUUCUCUAUCCGGGCUGCCUUUCCCCCAGCAUGUGAGGCCAGCUUCCAAGCCAUGGAGCCAACCUCCUUGUAUUAUAUACUACUAUUCUUGGGUGUUAGUCUCCUACUCUGUUAUUUUAUAUUCCACAGAUGAGUGCAAUCUUUCUAUGUCUGUCCCUCUCUUUCUGGCUCAUUUCACUUAGCAUGAUACUUUCCAUGUUGAUCCACUUAUAUGCAAAGUUCAUGACUUCAUCUUUUCUAACAGCGGCAUAGUAUUCCAUUGUAUAGAUAUACCAAAGUUUCUUUAACCAGUCAUCUGUUCUCGGGCACUUGGGUUUUUCCCAGAUUCUGGCUAUUGUAAACAGUGCAGCGAUGAACAUAUAAGUGCAGAUGUCAUUUCAACUAUACUUUUUUGUUUCUCUGGGAAAUAUUCCCAGAAGCAGUAUUGCUGGAUCAAAUGGAAGCUCAAUUUCUAAUUUUUUGAGGAGUGACCAUAUUGUUUUCCAAAAGGGCUGAACCAGUCGGUCGGCAUUCCCACCAGCAGUAUAGAAGGGUCCCUUUCUCCCCACAUCCUCUCCAACAGCGGUUGCUUUUGUUCUUUUGGAUGUGUGCCAUCCUCUAUGGUGUGAGGUGGUAUCUCAUAGUUGUUUUGAUCUGCAUCUCUCUGAUGAUUAGUGAUGAGAAGCACUUUUUCAUGUGCCUUUUUGCCAUUCGUAUUUCUUCCUUGAGAAAGUUUCUUUUCAUUUCCAUCCCCCAUUUUUUGUUGGGGUUGGAAGUUUUCUUGUAGAUUCCAACCAGUGCAUUGUAUAUCCUUGAUAUCAACCCCUUAUCUGAUGGGUAUUGGGUGAAUAUUCUUUCCCAUUCUGUAGAUUGUCUUUGUAUUUUGGUCACUGUAUCUUUUGCGGUGCAGAAGCUUCUUAGUUUAAUAUAGUCCCAUUUGUUUAUCUCUCUUUCCACUUGGUUGGUCAGUUGCGAGGACACACAGUUCUUAUCUAUUUCCUGUGUCUGUGUGAUCACAUCACAUGCCUACAUCCAACCCAUCCCUGGCUUGGCAAAUGGGUUUAGGUUCAUCACAGUCACCCUCUGAUGGUGGACGCAGACCUACCAUAGUAGUUUUCAACUGUUUUGCACCUCCUCAUGUUGCCACCAGGAUGCACUGGGAGUUAAUAGCCACAAUGCUAGACCUGGGGUUUUUCAGCCCUUCCAUAGCCAAGGGCCAGCAGUGGACCACAGCUCAGUGCUUUCAAAUCACCCGUGUAGCUGCUAUGUGACUGUAGAUAUAUUCUUGGUGGGCCACCAGGAUUUUUCUGCCAACCAGCCCCAGUUCACAGCAUGUCGGCUGAAGGACAGGGAUCUUGGAUAGGCUCCUAGACUAACCUAUGUCCUGAGGAGGGUUGGAGACUGUGACAGGGGACAGGGGAACCCCACCCAUCUGUUAAAGUUUUCUUUCUUUCCUUUAAAGCUCUAAAAUAUUAAGUCACUGCAGAGAUCUGAGUUGAGGCAAGGGACGGAGGUGAUCUUUGUUAAGAAAAAACGGUAUCUUGGUGCUGGAGACAUAGUUCAGCAGGUAGGGUGCUUGCCUUGCAUAUGGCUCACCUGGGUUUGAUCCCCAGCGUCCCCUGGAGUCCUCUGAGCACCACCAGAAGUGAUUCCUAAGUGCAGGGCUAAGAGGAAGCCUUGAGAAAAAUAAAUAAAUCAAAACCGAAAAAAGGAAGAAAAAGAAAAGAAAAAUGCUACCUCAUCUCUUCUCCCUGGGUCCAGUCUCAAUCAGUCCCAUUCUGCAGCUGGGAACUUCCCACCUUUGCUUCCCUCCUCGUGUGUGGCCAUCCUGCCAUUAUUUCUCCCUCUCGGUCGCCAGCAGAAUGCAGAAGAGUCUGGAUAAUUGAAACCGAGCUGACAGGUCUCUUAAUGAAAGCUUGUUUGCACACGCUGCAUUUCUGGUGAGUGCUCGGUACCUGGAGCCUUUAGGUGUGCGCCUUUACAUAUGAGUGUUUGUCUUUCUUUUAAUUAAGGCCUGGGGAAAUAGAUUGGUUUUUGUCAACCAGACAUUUCUCAUCCCUAACUCCUUCUCUCACCUUGUCUUCUCUGCCUUCCCCCACCCUCUCCGCAUCCCCUGGCGCAGACGCCCAGGAAGCUUCUGGAGCCGGAGCUCAGAGGCUCCUGACGGCAUUCAGUGCAAUCCCUGCAGGCUCCUCUUCCCCACUGGCAAACUCAGCAAGCUAAAUGAGUGUUGCCCGCAUUGUUCCUCUCCUGUGACCUUCUACAUCAGCAUCCUACCACCCCACCUCUGUGAGGAGAUAUUCUCAGGAAAGUGCUCUGCUAUCAGUGACUUACCUGUCGGAAAGAAUUUGGGGGGAUGGAGAGGGGGCCUGAGGCCACAUUCAGCAGUUACUCCUGGCUCUGCACUUGGGAAUCACUCCUGGCCAUGCUCAAGGACCAUAUGGGAUGCCGAGGAUUGAGCCCAGGCCCAACUGCAUGCAAGAAAAGCACCUUACCUGCUAUACUCUCUCUCUCCAGCCACUGGACAGCAGAUUUUGACCUGGGAUCUGACUGGAGCAAUUGAGCCCAUGUAACAUCACCUCCUUAAGGAUUUCAGGCCAGUGAACUACUCACCUGUAGUUCUUUCUACCAUCUCUUUAAAAAGACUGCAUGCUUCUGGCCCUCUCGUUUCUGUCUCCUGCCCCAAUUCCCCACCCUCCAAAAAAAAAUCCUGGGGUUCUUUCCUGGCCCCAUCCUUCCCUGCAGCCCUAUGGGUGGCAUGGUACUCUACUUGUCUUCGCAAAGGGCUUCUAUUUGAGUACCUUCUGCUGCCCUCUCUCUUCAUUCUGGAGCUUCCCUUUGGAACAAUCUUCCUUCUCAAUAAUAUUGAGGAUUCCUAAACACUGCUCCGAGGAGAUGUCAAAAAGACAAAGGAUCCCCCUCAAUUCUCUACUUUAAUAUAUUCUCUUUUCCCACAGUUAUGUUUCUGAAAAGAAAAAUUUGAGCAUCAGAAAUGCAAUGGAGUCCACCAAAUUAGAAAUGAAAAAUAAAUUUUAACAAAGGAUCCUUCUUUCCAUAAGUGGGUGCUCAUGAAAGCCAAGCCAAACAUGCUUCUAUGGCAUGAAAGUAAUUAAAAAUGAUGCAAGGGAUCAGAGCAACAGCACAGCAGGUAGAAUGACUGCCUUGCACGUGGCCAACCUGGGUUCAAUCUUGGCACUCCAUCUGACCCACAGAACCUUGCCAGGAGUAAGCCCUAGGCACCACUGGGUGUAGCCCCAAAACCCGAAGAAUGGAAAUGAACCAUUGAUGCCAGUGCUGCCAUUUGUGCUUAUUAAACCACACUCACAUGUGAGCCACCAGUGGUCCAUGCCAGCUUCAGUGUAUCCCAAUUGAAUAUAUUGCAGGCUGUAGGGGAAGAGGAUGGAACUUGGUAGUAGAGCAGCUGUCUUGCAUGUGUGAGAUCCUGGGUGCCUUCCCUGGCACUGCACAUACACAAAAACAUCAAAAUAAAAGCAGAAC